AUGUUGAGCAAACCCCACAAGGACAGGAGCUGGGUGAAGGUCACCAAGCUGGAUGAGGGGCUGAACUGGCCCAGGAUUGUGGCGGAGGACAUCGUGCGUCACACUCAGCAGCUGCAGAACAAGAUGUUCAUGAUGACUGGCAAGAUCCAGGGGAAGCCACUGCUCCCACUGCCCGAGCAUCUGGUCAGCUGGGAGGACUCAGGCGCCGCCCUGGACUGUUCAGGCCUCCCAAGGGGCAUAACCCUUCUGCCUUCCAGCCUGGUGGGGCCCAUCGAUGGCACAGUGCUGCACUCCAUCGAGACCGUGGUCAUCGAGUGGUUCCAGCUGGUUGAGGAGAUCUUCAGCCGGGACCCAGCGCAGCAGCUGCAGGAGGGGCUGCACCCCCUGCCCAAGGUGGAGUUUGAUUUCUGGCAGACCAGGGUGACCAGCCUGCAGUGCAUCAGUGAGCAGGUACUGUCCCACCCACCUGUGGCCAGGUGUCCUCGUGCUGAGCCGCCCGUGCUGAUCCUGGUGCCUCUUCCCCAGCUGGUGACACCCCAGGUGACAGGGCUGGCCAAGGCCCUGGAGAAGGCUGACAGCUGCUACUGGCCGUCGCUGCAGAACAUGAUCAGGGCCGUCAAUGGGGGUGAGGUCCCGUGACAGGGUGGGGGCUGCCCCCAGCCAGGUGUCCCCAUCCCAACACGGGCUUUCUCCCUGUCCUAGGUCUGGAG